CAAGCGACAGAUAUACAGAUUCACGCUGAGGAAAUCAUCAAGACGCGCAAAAUGCUGAAUGGACUUUACGCUAAGCAUACAAGCCAACCUAUGGAUACAAUUGAAAGGUGGAUGGAUCGUGACUUCUUUAUGACCGCUGAAGAAGCAGUGCAAGUUGGCCUUGUCGACAAGAUGCGGCAAACUAGUCCGAGCGCUAACGCGGGAACUGAAGUGCGUUCGCCUGUGUCGAAUCGUGGCGGCGGGGACAGUGUAAAUCCACGCAGUGACAGUGGCAGCGGCGGACACACAACAAGCCUUGUUGAUAAGCUCAACACAAUGUCUCGAGUUCGGCGCAGACGACAAGAAGCUGAGGCCCUAGCUACUGAGGCUCGACAAGCCAUGGAAGACCCUCUGAUGCCCAUCACACCCGAAAUAGGACCUGUUGGUUAUCAAUUAGCUGAAGGCGAGGAAUGCUCCAUGCUAGAACCACACUCAAAGGAGCGGCCUGUUGUGAAGGAGUUGAUAGAGACGCUGAUUGAUUGGAUAAAUAAGGAAUUAAUUGAUGAACGAAUCCUUGUACGAGACGUUGAAGCUGACCUCUACGACGGUCAAGUUUUGCAGAAGUUGUUGGAGAAGCUCACCGGGUCUUCUCUCAACCAACCAGAACUCACACAAACGGAAAUGGGACAGCGCCAGCGAUUAAAGCUUGUACUAGAAGAAGUGCGCAAUGCGCUGGGUGUUUCUGAGGGUUACGCUGCCCAGAAUUGGCCGGUGUCGGCUAUCUUCUCGAAGGAUUUGGUUGCGAUUCUCCGAUUGUUGGUCGCUCUGGUCCGUCAAUUUGCUCCAGGCGUGCGUCUUCCGCCGGGCUGCCAGAUCACCCUAGUAAUCGUUCGCAAACUCAAUGGUGUUCUUCAGCAUCGCCGACAGGUUGAAGUCAUCACUGACGCAAAUGACGCCACCGACGGUUCGUUGGAGCGUGACGCUAUCAGCGCCCUGGUGGAUUGUGCAGUACCGGAGAAGUUGGAAGCCUUUCAGCAAGUUCUUCUUCAAUUUGUCAAUCAACACCUCAACAAGCUCAAUAUAGUCGUCACAGAUUUGCAGAAACAGAUGGAUGACGGCGUCUACUUCCUACUUCUGCUGGGGAUGCUUGGUGGCUACUUUAUACCACUGCACAAGUACCACUUGGUGCCACGCACUAACGAACAGAAGUUGGCCAACCUGCAACUCGUGCUCCAACUGCUGGAGGAGGCGGAGGGACUCGAACCGGGCGUGGGGACUCGCGCCGACGACCUCCUGAGGCACGACCUCAAGGCCACUCUGCGCUUCCUCUACGCCCUCUACUCGCGCUACAAGGACGCAGAGUAG